AUGUCAGGACCCAGGCCUGUAGUUCUCAGUGGUCCCUCUGGAGCUGGGAAAAGCACCCUGUUGAAGAGACUCAUGAAGGAAUAUGAAGGGGUUUUUGGAUUCAGUGUCUCUCACACUACCAGAAAUCCUCGACCGGGUGAGGAAGACGGAAAAGGGCUGAAUUGUCUCCCAAUGCUUCUGGGGGCUACAUUACUUCCUGUAGCAGACGUCCUUUCCUCUGUGGCAUCUGAAGAUUACCAUUUUGUCACCAGAGAGAAAAUGCAAGAGGGAAUGGACAAUGGGGAGUUCAUUGAGAAUGCCGAAUUUUCUGGGAACAUGUAUGGAACCAGCAAAUCAUCUAUAGAGGACGUUCAGGCACAAAAUCUUAUCUGCAUCUUGGAUGUUGACAUACAAGGUGUGAAAAACAUCAAGAAAACUGACCUGAAUCCUAUUUAUAUCUCAAUCCAGCCACCCUCCAUGGAGAUACUUGAAAAGCGUCUGAGGGACAGGCAAACAGAAACUGAGGAAAGUCUACAGAAGCGUCUAGAGGCAGCCAGAAUUGACAUGGAGCUGAGUAAGGAACCUGGAGUUUUCGACAUGCUAAUCAUUAAUGAUGACCUUGAAGAAGCUUAUGAGAAAAUAAAAAGUGUUCUUACUGAGGAAAUUCAGAAGGUACAAGAUUCCAAGAAGUAGAAGUGGAGAAACUACGCAGGACAUCACACCUUUCUUUGCAGCCUUGUAAUGUGCAACUAAGAGUGUUGGUUCUCAUGCCAGACACUACCAGCUCUAUUCAGUUAAUUAGUCAAGUCAAGUGCUCAGCUCCUGGGAAUUUGUUAUGCACAAAUCUGUGCUAUGCCAUGUAUGCUAAAAACAUCUCACUCUCAGUUGAGAACUCCUCAAACAUUUCUUUUAAAACAGCAUGUUUGCACCUUGAAUAAUUAAGAGAGGAAUUUUUAUAUGUUUUGUAACCCAAAAUGAGUUGAGUAAACUAGUAUUGAUGACAGUAUUAAUUGCAAGGCUGCUAGAUGUACAGUGGGUCAUGAUCAUUUUAAAUAUUUGUGAUAUUUCUAGAGUUUAUUAUAGAGAAUGAAUUAUAAAGUUUAAAAAUCACAAACAGCCUUCAACAUGUUUAAGUCUGUUCAGAUGAAUAGUUAGAUGUUUUAUCUUUUAUUUCUAAAAUUAAUUUGUUAAACAUUUUUAUUUGUUUUUGGUUUAGCAAAAAUAAA